AUGGCCUCCAUAGUCCACAAGUCCACGGAGUUCUCGUCGCAUCCUUCCACUGCCAACGUCGACAAGGUGGUGGAGCUGGUGACGAACGCCACCAAGAGAUUAUCUCAGAUUUCCACCACGACAAACAACUCAAACAAAAAGAGAAAAACGCAGAACCGCAUCGGGCCCUGGAAACUCGGCAGAACCUUGGGGAGAGGGUCCACGGGAAGAGUACGUCUCGCUAAGAACGUGGAUACCGGCAAAUUGGCGGCGGUGAAGAUAGUGCCCAAGCUGAACUUCAAGAAAUUGGAAAACCCGAAGUACAAGUCUUCAGAUGCCACAAAGCUUCCUUACGGCAUUGAGCGCGAGAUUAUCAUCAUGAAGUUGAUCUCCCACCCCAACAUCAUGGGCCUCCACAACGUGUGGGAAAACAAGAACGAUCUCUAUUUGAUUCUUGAGUACAUCGAGGGAGGUGAGCUUUUUGACUACUUGAUCAAGCGCGGCCGAUUGCUGGAGUACGAGGCUAUCAACUAUUUCAAACAAAUCAUCCACGGCAUUGGAUACUUGCAUCAAUUCAACAUCUGCCAUCGCGACUUGAAGCCAGAGAACUUGUUGCUUGAUUUUAACAAGAACAUCAAGAUUGCUGAUUUUGGUAUGGCCGCUUUGCAGGUGAACGAAAAACUCUUGGAGACCUCGUGUGGCUCUCCUCACUAUGCAUCUCCCGAGAUCGUCGCAGGCAAGAACUAUCACGGCGCCCCCUCGGACAUAUGGUCGUGUGGAAUCAUUCUUUUCGCCUUGUUGACAGGCCAUCUACCAUUCGACGAUGCCGAUAUCCGUAAACUUCUCAUGAAAGUCCAGAAUGGUAAGUUCAUCAUGCCCACGUCUCUCUCAUGGGAGGCGAAAGAUCUCAUUUCCAGAAUGUUGCAUGUCAACCCCGCCGAAAGAAUCCAGAUUAGAGACAUCUUGAAGCACCCUCUUUUGACGAAGUAUCCUGACCCACACUCUUUGAGCUCAAAAUCUGCUAACGAUUUGAUUCUUCACUCCAACAUAAGACCUAUCCUGCUGAAGGACAAGAUUGAUAAAGAGAUAUUAAGAAACUUAUGCAUAUUGUUUCAUAACUGCGAGGAGGAACAUAUCAUCAACUGCUUGUUAGCACCGAAAAGAUCUCCCGAGAAAAUGUUUUAUUACCUCUUGAUGAAAUAUAGAAACGAGCAUUUGCUGAGCUCUCCUUCUAAUUACGCUGCAGACGACGACGAAGAGGCGAAUCAAGGAGAGGAUAUACCACGCUCCGGCUCGGUGGUGAAAAUCACAACCACAGAUUCGGAUGGAAGGUCACAGACUUCCGUUAAGAAGGUGGCCCGCUCAACAUCAUUAGCUUCUUCCAUAUCCACAAAAAGCCGCAAGCGUCCGUUGACCAAUGUCACCAACAAAACAUUUACAGCCUCGAAUGCCCGCAACAAACGUGCCACCAGUAGGCCCGCUUCAAGAAACGCGUCGAGUCGUUCUCUUCAAAGCAAGCAUCGAGUACUUCUGCUGCAUAAUCAAAACAUUUCAAAGCCCUUAAAGAUGGAGGACGCUAAACUAAUCUCACGAACAGUGACUCCACACGCUAAUCAAUUGAACACCCUAGCUGCCAGCGAGGACAAGGAAAACAUAAUCGAGCAUCCAGUUCAAAACUUCAAAAAGGCUCGCAAACAAGAGUCUGUCAUAAGGGAUGGAACUAUUUUGCAAUUUCAGAGAAUUUGUCAGGAAGUGUUCGGCUCGGACGUCGAUCACAAAUCCGUAUAUGACAUGACUUUGACAAAGGACAAGAGAAACCUUACCAAAGACACCAUUCAUAAGCUCGAGGUUCUCAACAACCGCAUGAGCAAGGCGUCUUUGGUACUUCCGAAGCUUCCAAAGACUCCCUCUGCCACAAGCCAUUUGGAUGUCGUCAAAGAGCCAAAAUUGAAGAAUACAAGUAAUAAUCUAUCUCUGAUUGAAAGGAAAGAGAAGGAAUUGGCCGCUUCAGUGCAGAAGAAUAACGAUGAGCGUGAGCUGAUGUUUAAGAAAAGAGAUCUUCAACUUGAGAAAACCAACAAGGAGAGAAUGAGACAAUCUCUUCUUUUGAAGGAAAAACUGAAGGAAGCGUCUCGAAUCAUCAACCACAAUGCAUCCCAAAGAGUGCUUUCCGAACCUAACCAUGCAUUUUCUUUGGACCCAAAGAGUUCCUUGCUAAGAGCAAAAACUUUAGCUUCUAGGACACCAACCCUAUUGGCAAAUCUGAGACAAGACAAGAAUGCCAUUGUUUUGCAGCGAUUAGGUAUCGAGGUUGUACAGCCUCGGAAACUUAGUUCUUCUUCGUCAUCAUUUGUGAAAACUUCCACUUCAAAGGACCUCGCUGCUGCGCUCCGAUCUAAUUCUCCUAAUCUCGGUGGUGAUAAUGCGAUUGACCUAAACAAAACCCUUCCCGAGAUAAACCAGGAGAGAACUUUAUCAAGUAUAAGAUCCAGCGCCUCCAGCAACACAAAAGACAACGCUUCCAAACACUCAGGACCAAAACAAGGAGAUCAACUCAGCGUGAAGUCAUUUUCAACAAAGAAUAAAAGUAAGGAAGAAGCCAUAACUAAGAGAAGUUCUGACACAACAUCGGCUGACCCUGAUCUCACUCGUAUGAGCGUAAGAACACAUCACGAUUUGAUCCCUAAUCCUAGGUUUUCGAAAUUUUCAUUCAAUGAGAUUAUCAAGGCAAAUACUGAUCCUGUUGAAAACACGAUUCUCGAGGCCACGCGUAGCUUGGGUACCGUGAAGCGCUCAGCAAGGCAACCCCUCAAUACGAAGCAAGGAAAUGGAUUGAUAAGGAAAUCUCCGACUAGAGACCUUGAGGGUUUGGGUAUCAUUCUUGAUGCAAAUCUGGCAGAGGUUUCAAAAGAUGAGUCUAGGUUUUCCGGCGAGAAAAACUUCGUUUCGAUGAAUGUUUCUGACGAUGAACCCACAAGUCAUUGUACAACACUACAGAAAGAUGCCAUUAGUGUUACAGAAGCAUCAGAUUUUAGUGGAGGUGAGGAAUUUGAUCUUUCUGAUCAGGCGGUCAAAUUGGGUCACGAUACUGAUGCUCAACGUUUCUCUGCAGACGAUUCUUGGAGUCAUUCUGAUGAAAGUGCUAAUUUGGAAGAAAACAAAGCUGGCCCAGCCUCUUCUCGCAAAACUUCAAGGGACACCCUUGUGGGAGAUGGGGUUGAAAGAAGCUGGUCUCAUAAAUCGCACAACACAUUGCUUCCAGAGGAGUUGUCCUCUCACGGCAAUCAAAGUAAACGUCAUUCUAAUCUGGUCGAUGAUUCAAAGAAGUCUGAGUUUGGCCCACAGAAUGCUCGUAACAAUGUGCUUGAUACAUCCUCUCUUGCAGAGAACACGCAUGCGUCGUUGCUAGGACGCGAGGAAUUCAUGCUGGAGCUGAAUGGACAAGACUUUAGGACUGAACCCUUCUCGAUUGAGAACAAGAGUCAGAUUGACCAAGGCGGCUCACAAAAGAGUGACACACAUAGCCUCGCAGAUGAUGGAAUCGAAGAGAUCGAUGACAAGGUCAGUUUGGAAACUACAUCUAAAUCUUUGAACCGUCAGCGGCGUGAUACAGUGGGAUCGCUCCGGCGGUCUGCUGCCUCAACGCAAAUCUUCAGUACCUUACAUAUGAAGGAAGCUGCUACACAAGAGACCCCGCCGGUAGUAGAGCCGGAUCAUGUUAAACAUGAGGCUCCGUCGGGCCUGAACACUCCAGUCUUUGGUCAAUUACCGUUGGGUGUCUCAGCUAAGUCACAAGAGCCUAAUCCAAAGAAAUGGAGUUUGAUGCCCAAGAGGAAAGCUCCGUCUGUUCCUGGAGACGACGGUGUUAAGGAGAAGUCUAGAGGUCAUAACAGAUUCUCGGGAAUCUCCUUAUACUCGAAUGCAAAGCGAUUUGUGGCACCGAAGUCUGACGACUCGCCCAAAUCGCCAUCAGGCGCUGGCUGGUUCAAGCGCUUCUUCAUGUCUUUAUCGAAGGGAUCUGAUAAGGAUGCGAAUGACGGUGAAGUUCUGAAGGCAAACAAAAAUAUGCACAUUAUCGAUACGUCUCUCGACUCAAAUGAUCUUAUGCGUGUCAUCAAGAACCAAUUGAAGGUGAAGGAAGUAGAAGGGUCUGUGACCAAUGUUGAUGUUGACGAGGAGUUUGCGCUCAUUAGUGGAGUGGUACCUUCUCGCUACGCACGCGGUCGCAAGCUUCAUUUCAAGAUAGAAGUCAUUGACUUGGUGAACUCGUCGUCCUUGCAUUUACAGAAAGUGAAGGGCUCCAAGACCGGGUUCAGGAACCUUGUUCAGGUGGUGGAUUUUGUCAUCAAGAGCGAGGAGGAUGCUGUUAAGCAUGGCAAGGUCAAAUCUACACACUAA